AACGACAUCCAGUAGAGCAUGAAUCCGCGCUCUUGUGAUUGACGUCACCAGAGGGAAGAGCUUCGGGCGAGAGGCGUGGAGCCCUUGACGAGCCGCAAACUACGUUUCCCGGCAUCCCACGGGCGGCCAACCUAACUAAAUGAGCGCUGACUCGUGGCGCAAGGCCUGCUGGGAGUGUAGUUUUUUUAGCAAGUGGACGGUGAAUGAGCGUGUUGGUGAGUCACAUGAAAUAAGGAGAUCAAAAAGAAGAAGCUAAAAGAAUAGAGGGGUUGAGUUCUCCUUCCUUGAACCCAACGCUGUCUGGUGGUACGUCUCUUUUUCCGAGGCGGAGGAGCUCUUGUGACGGAGGAGGAGGGGCUUUCUGAGACAGACACCAGCCAACCAUGCCUGUGAAUUGCAGCAGCUGUGAAACUCAGCGCGCUGUUCUGCGCAGACCGAAGACCGGCCACUCCGUCUGCAAAGAAUGUUUCUUCCAAGCCUUCGAGGAGGAGAUCCACCACACCAUUGUGUCUGCCAAGCUCUUCCAGCCGGGGGAGAAAGUCGGCAUCGGUGCCUCUGGCGGGAAGGACUCCACGGUGCUUGCCCACGUCAUGAAGGUUCUGAACGAGCGCUAUAACUACGGUCUGGAGCUCAUCCUGGUGUCCGUAGAUGAAGGCAUCUCGGGAUACAGAGACGACUCGCUGGAGACGGUGAAGAGAAACCAGCAGCAAUACGAGCUGCCGCUGAAGAUCGUGUCCUACCAGGAGCUGUACGGGUGGACCAUGGACCAGAUCGUCAAGCAAGUGGGGCUUAAGAACAACUGUACGUUUUGUGGCGUGUUCAGGAGACAAGCGUUGGACCGCGGGGGCAUGAUGUUGGGCGUUGAUAAGAUCUGCACAGGUCAUAACGCCGAUGACAUCGCCGAAACGGUGCUCAUGAACUUCCUCCGGGGGGACAUUGCCAGACUGCGACGGUGCACCGCCAUCACCACGGGCAGCGAGGGCGCAAUCCCACGCUGCAAGCCUCUGAAGUACGCCUACGAGAAGGAGAUUGUGCUUUACGCCUACUUUAAGAAGCUUGACUACUUCUCCACUGAGUGCAUCUAUUCCCCUAACGCUUACCGCGGCCAUGCCCGGGCUUUCCUGAAGGACUUGGAGGCCCUGAGGCCCAGCGCCAUCAUGGACAUCAUCCACUCUGGGGAAAAUUUAUCGGUGAAAGAGGACGUCAGGAUGCCCGUCCAGGGUACCUGCGCCCGCUGCGGGUACAUCUCCAGCCAGGGACUAUGUAAGGCCUGUGUACUGCUGGAAGGCUUGAAUCGAGGCCUACCCAAGCUGGGCAUCGGCAAACACCACAAACUUCACCAUAAGCUCCUGGCACAGGAACCGCUGAGUGAGGCGGAGACCAGAAAGCUGAAAUCUAUAGACUUCUAAUAUUAGAGGAGUGGGUAGGCCUCUCUAACUGGCCACCAGGAAUUAAGGAGAAUCUUCACACAAAGUAAUAAAGAUCUGAUAGAGGUUCUAACCCUUCCCCCACAAAAUGCUUUGUUUUUUAGGUUAGAGGGGUUUACUUUUAACUUCCUGUCCCGGAAAUAAAAGGCAAACUUCCUGUCCUGAUUGGAGAGGUUUCACUUCCUGUCCCGGAAAGAGAAGGCAAACUUCCUGUCCUGAUUGGAGAGGUUUCACUUCCUGUCCCGAAAACAGAAGGAAAACUUCCUGUCCUGAUUUUAGGUUUCACUUCCUGUCCCAGUGACACCCUAUCAUGUUUUGGCACACAAGGUGUCAAAGGACACUUAGAGGACUCCUCCUCCCCAAUGGGAGGGCAAUAAAAAUGUGGUUUUAA